AUGCAGCGGCCGGAGGCCUGGCCACGUCCGCACCCGGGGGAGGGGGCCGCGGCGGCCCAGGCCGGGGGCCCGGCGCCGCCCGCCCGAGCCGGGGAGCCGGCAGGGCUGCGGUUGCAGGAACCUUCCCUCUACACCAUCAAGGCUGUUUUCAUCCUAGAUAAUGACGGACACCGCCUCCUGGCCAAGUAUUAUGAUGAUACAUUCCCCUCCUUGAAGGAGCAGAUGGCCUUCGAGAAAAAUGUCUUCAACAAGACCAGCCGGACUGACAGUGAGAUUGCAUUUUUCGGGGGCAUGACCAUCGUCUACAAGAACAGCAUUGAUCUCUUCCUGUAUGUGGUGGGCUCCUCCCACGAGAAUGAGCUGAUGCUCAUGUCCGUUCUCACCUGCCUGUUUGAGUCCCUGAGCCACGUGUUAAGGAAGAACGUGGAGAAGCGCUGGUUGCUGGAGAACAUGGAUGGGGCCUUCUUGGUGCUGGACGAGAUUGUGGAUGGCGGCGUGAUUCUGGAGAGCGACCCCCAGCAAGUGAUCCAGAAAGUGAAUUUUCGGGCAGAUGACGGCAGCCUGAGCGAACAGAGUGUGGCCCAGGUUCUUCAGUCUGCCAAGGAACAAAUUAAAUGGUCGUUACUGAAAUGAAGGCUGUGCAUUCAGGUCUCCCUGCCCCCAGAGCAUUUCCACAAUCCUGGCAAAAGCUCAAAGACCCCAGGGAACAGGAGAGAUCCUUCUGUAUCCCUAAGCCCUCCCAGACCUGACUCCUGAGGUCUCUGGCCAGGGACUCUGAGAUGCAAAGAUUGGGCUUCAGCACUGACUCACCCCUUCUCACUGCCCUGCCCCUUGGGCCAUGAGAACCAGCUGAGCUGCCUUAACUCAGACCUUAGGCAUCCCUGGCCCCAGAACCCUAAUAAACCUUCUUUGUCUCCUG